UGGACUAAUUGGAUGAUACCGAACGAAAUAUCUGCAGAUUUACAUCAAUCAUUACUACAUUUUUAAUUAUUUUCUUCAUGCUUUAUCAUUUAGCUUUUGUCUAUUCCUUCAUGGCCCAAAAAAAUAGUUCUUCCUUUUCAAUUUGAUAUUAUUAGCCAUUGUGUUUUUUUUUUGUACCAAGUUUUGGUCUUAUCUACAUGAUAACCAUUCAAGCAUUUUGCCACACCAAAAAUCAAUAUUAACAAUUGAAAGAUCGAUAUAUGUAUAGAAUCACUUUGAACUGCCGAUAGAUGUUUUGCAUAACAACUGAUAUUCCAUAUAGAUUUGUACAAUUGCUUCGAAUGGCGACUAUAAAUUAAAGAAAUUGUCCAAAAUUUCCAUUUUCUUGUUAAGUCUUCGUAAUGAAACCUGUGGUGGUGAUUUUUUAUUUAGUAAUUUUAAUAACUCAAGAUGCAUUUCCCACAAAGGUGGAUAAAACAGACGUUGGUUAUGGAAAGCGAGCUAAUACUUAUCAAUUUCCCUACGUAGCUUCUUUACAAAUAAUGAAAAAGUUGUUGGGGGCAACAGAAUAUUUUCAUGUUUGUUCUGGUGCCAUAGUUUCGAAUAGUUGGGUACUUACUUCCGCCAGUUGCCAUUUCUUACUUCGAAGGGAUUUUAGAGUCGCUGUUGGCAUUUUAAGUUCACGAGCUGUAGGAACGCAUGGGGCCCAGUACAGAAAUGUUACUCGUAUUGUUGAACAUCCGUUUUGGAUAGGUGGAAAUGGUUUAACUUCGUUCGAUGUUUCGUUGAUUAAACUUGGGUUUCCGUUGAUCUGGACUAAAUCGGUUAAGCCAGUAUUGCUUCCGGAUUCAAAGCAGCAACAUUUCGGGACAGCUGUUGUUGUUGGCUGGAAUUCUGCAAAUCUUUCAAACAAAAACUUUCUCAAAUACGCAGUCGUUGAAAUAAUCGACAGCAUUGAAUGUCAUUAUGGCAUAGUCCAUGCAGUAGGUCUGGUUUCGACGCCAAAACUGUCCAAUGAUAUGCUAUGUACAAAAGGAAAUUAUGAUUCAACGGCUUGUAUUGUCGACAGCGGCAGUCCUCUGAUAAGGCAUGGGGUUCUUGUUGGAAUUGCUUCAUGGAUUUCCGAUUCAUGUCCACGAAAGAAAGCUCCAUUCGUUUUUAUAAAGGUCAGAAGCGUUCUCGACUGGAUCAUGACAGAAUUAAAAACCCCUUGAUAAUAUUAAAAUUUUUGUUAACUUAGAUACCAA